CAGAACUUUUAUGGGUUUGAAAUUGAACAAAAGACUAGAAAUCAGAAUAAUCUUCAUAUUUCCAUGAAUAAGAAGUAAUAAUGCAACGAAGGCGGGAAAGAGUCAAUGCUGGACUGCUUUUGCUGCUUUAUCAAAUUUCUCAAGUUGGACUGCAGAACAUUCCUCCUGUUACCCUUGGGGUACUUGCACUGAAUGUUUUUCUCUUUCUGAAUCCUGUGAGGCCACUGACUGAAGUGUGCAUCAGUGUAAAUGAAGCCAUCUACAAAAAGAACUGGCAGCGUUUGUUGCUUUCUCCCUUCCACCAUGCAGAUGACUGGCAUUUGUAUUAUAACAUGAUUUCCAUGCUUUGGAAGGGGAUAAUGCUGGAAAAAAAGCUUAAGAGCGUAUGGUUUGCCUACAUAAUUGCAGUGUUUUCAGUGCUGAUUGGAGUUGUUUAUGUGGUGCUGGAAUUCCUGCUUGUGAAAAUUCUGGAUGACCCUUCCUAUGAAAUGAGUUGUGGUGUAGGUUUUUCAGGAGUCUUGUUUGCUUUGAAAGUUCUUAACAACCAUUACAAUCCAGGAAGAGUCAGCACUGUCCUUGGACUGCGGCUGUCCAGUAAAUAUGUUUGUUGGGUGGAGCUGGUGGCUAUUCAUCUAAUCGCUCCAGGGACUUCGUUUGCUGGGCAUCUAGCAGGGAUUCUUGUUGGAUUGAUGUACACUAAGGGACCUCUGAAAAAGAUCAUGAAAGCCUGUGCAGGUGGCAUUUCUUUCUUCACUGACCCUGGCAGGCCAAGGGACUACUAUUCAGACUAUUAUGGCUAUUAUCCAGAUUAUCAGUACAGAACUCCAAGGAACUACUAUGAUUAUACUGGUGGGCUCACUGAAGAAGAACAGCUUGAAAGGGCAGUGCUAAACAGUCUUAAUGAAAGAGAUUUUGGUGGAGCAACAUCUAACAACGAGCGGCGGCCGUACGGGUUUUGGUUCCCACCUGAGCGCUCCGAGGAGGAAAUCAGAAGGCAAAGGCUCCGUAGGUUUGAGAGACGAUGAAAUGGCCACGUGUCCGUGGGAAUUGUGAAGUGCUCUGCAGAGUUACCAAAAUACUUGCAGAUUCAUUUGUAAGCUGCAGUUUACAGAUUAAUUUAUGAUCUUUCUUCCACUGUUUUUACUGCUGCUCACAAAGCUGCAGAGGGUCUUGUGAGUUCAGGCUCAGAACUGGAACUUGAACAAAAAGUGUGAGGUGGGAAUCAGAAUGUGAUCUUUGGCUGUCUCCAUCUUAAUGCACCUUAAUUAUGGAACGAGACUGAUGGUUUUGCCAAACUGUCUUUUUAUUCCUUAAGUUAUUUUGUGUAGCUCUAAGAAUUCCUUGGCUUUUUGACUGCUGUUGUUCUCAGACAACAAGUUUUCUUCAUCCGUCACAGCUGAAACAUUGAAUUUUCUAUGUAACUUUAAAACUAUGCAAUUUUUCAUUACAAGCCUUUCUCCAUUAGCCAUGAUGACCAACUUUUUGGGGGUUGGCAUGUGAAAUGGCACUUGAAAAGAUCACUUUGAUGACAAUGGCUAGAUCAUUUGAGUCCAGGCUUAAGCUUUUGAGCAGUCUUCCAAACUGUGUGAAAAAUAGCUGCAGCUAUCCCUACCCUGUGGAAUUAUUUCAUAACAACCUUUAGUGUUGCAGUCUUCCUCAAAACACACCAUUUUACCUUGAGCUUAUAUGUGAUAAAACUGAGUUGUAACUACUUAUGAUUUCCUAAAGCCUUUCUUAAUCUUUAAAUAUUAAAUAUUCUUAAUAUGCUUUAAAUCAAAAAGUGCUGCCCUUUACAGAACUGAAAUAAUUUGUUAGGAGUUUUAUGGAAAGGGAGGUGGAUAUGCCAUACAAAGAAUAUAUUUAUGUAGUAACAUACUUUUCUAAAGCAUCUGUUUCUCUAAGAAGGCUUGGAAAUUGUAUUGUGUAUGUGCUGUUCAUCCAGCUUUGGAAAUUCCACUAUUUAUUUAUCUUGUUUGAAGACCAGUAGCAGAGGUGAGAGUUUGCAGGCUUGUGGAGACCAUGCCUAAAUAUAAGCUACCUUGAAUUCCUCAUUUUCUAGGAAGAAAUUCCCUACCUAGCUAGAGGAGUUGAUCGGAGAGCUGAGAGUUCUGUUGUCCCCUUGGGCAGACCCUCCACCCAGCAGCUGUCCUGCCUGUUCAGCAGUGUUAACUAACAAACCUGCAGGGCUUUGCUUCCAGGCAUUUUAUCUUCACAAUGGAAGAAUUUCUUCCUGUUUGCAGUCCUGGAGAAGUGUGAUUGCCCAAGAAUAACUUGGUUAUUGGUACAGACCUAUUGGAAUCUCUUCAUCAGCACUGGUGUAGUAGAGCAUUAGGAUGAGCAAUUUAAGGAUUUCACCAACCUGUGCUUUAUGAAGUCUAAUUUUCUACAGGAUUGAUCACUUGAAUGUAUAAAACAGUGCUGUAUUUUUGAUACAGUAAAAUAACCUGAAAAUAAAUUUUUUUACUGUGUUCUUUACAUAAAUAAUACAACUUCAGUUUGUAGCUGAUGUAUGUAGGGAAAGCUUUCGUUUGCUGAGGAAUGCACAAGCUGUUCAGUUCUGGGAUGCAGACUUUGGCCAUGACUGCAAUGUGAGUUUGGGUGUCUUGUUCAGUAGUGUAAGAACACUGUUAAUAUUCUGCAAAGGGCUUUCUGGCAGAUUCUAAGGCACUUAGUACGUAUGGAAUGUUAAUUUUUGGUGCUUUUGGGCUUGGUUGUUUUUGUAUAUAUGCAAUAGCCAUAGAAUAAAACAGCACAUACUUUUAUGGAAGGCCAACUUUUCUGUGCUCACCAAAAAUAAGUAUCAAAAACCUACAUAUUUUUCUCAGCAGGUGGAUAGAAAUGAGAAGGAAGUAGCAUUGGUUCCUCAGACAAAUCUUUUAAUGCUCUGGUCAAAAGUUUCAGUGUGACUCACUGUGUCUGUUAAGUUCUGAUAUUUAACUUAUUUAAAACCACUGGAUUAGCCACUUGUCAGUUGAAAAAUACUUAGAGAAAAUCAAAAAUCUGAUUACAAUGGUAUAAGCACUUGUUUUUGUGAAGUACAAAAAUUUUCAGUACUAAUAAUUGUUCAUUGUUCUGACC